AUGUCGGGUGAUACCGAUAAAGCAAAAAUCAGUGAUAAUCAGGAUGAAGAUAAGAAGUCAGGCGCAGGUGACGGCCAAACCACAGAGGAUGAGUCCUCGCAGGACUCCAAGGGUGAGUCUGUCGCUCAGACCGAGGCCCAAGGUAACACGGAUGUAGAUCAACCAAAUAAUGCGGAGCAGAGUGAACCAGUGACAGAAGGGGACGCGAAGUCUGCAACGGCAAACGGAAAAGAGGACGACGCGGCCGCCGACGACGCCAAGGAAGAAAACAGGGAGGCAAAGAGCGAAGAUGUAAAGGAGGAAAACGGUGAGACUCAUGACGACAACGACAAGGAAGAUGUAAAGGAGAAUGACAAAGGAACCAAGAAAUUAGCUCCGAAAAAGAAACCUAAGAAAGAGGACACUGAAGAAGAAGAUGAGGAGGAGGAGGAGGAGGAGGAGGAGGAAGAAGACGAGGAAGGAGAUGAGGCCGAUGAGGAGAUAGAAAAGAAACCACCUAAAGACAAAGUAAAGAAACCGGUAAAGAAGCCAAAAGAAGGGGAUGACGAGGGUGACGACGAGGAGGGUGAGGAUGAGGAGGGAGAAGAAGAAGAGGAGGAGGAGGAGGAAGAGGAGGAGGCGCCCAAACCGAAACCCAAAAAAGAGCCCACGGAGCCUCCAGUGCCGCUUCCAGCUGGAAAGGGCACGCCUCUCGGACAUAUCAGCAACGUUGAAGUAUCACUAUCGCGCUUCAAGACUCAAGAUCAGAAACUGUUGCAUCAAUAUCUAUAUGGGCAAUUGUGUUUGGAUCGUAACGUGAAGCGCAACGUGAAAAAGUUCAAGGGCUACGAGUGGGCGAUCGGAUCCACGGAGUACAAGGCCAAGCUAGAGGAGACCACUAAGAUGGAGCCCAAACAACUGCGCACAAUGUGCGAAAUGCUCGAUUUGGAUAAGAAAGGGUCGGCGUCGGAGCUGGCGGCGCGGCUGGUGGGCUUCCUGCAGCAGCCUGGCGCGAAUUCGCCGCACGCGCGCGGCGUGGCCCGCGCGCCGCCCGCCCACUCGGCCCAGUCGGCGCCCGGCGGCCGCCCCAGGCGCUCCGCCGCCGUCAAGGUGCACAACAGAGGUUAUUCUGAUGAAGAAUACGAGACUGAUCCUGAAACAAAAGUCAAAGGUCCCAAACCUGCAAAAGAUGGAUCAGAAGAUUCAGAUGGCUCGUUCAACCCGAGCGGCUCCGAAGCGGACUCGGACUUCGACCCAGAGGCGGGCGAGAGCGGCGGCGGAGUCGCCCGCAAGCGGAAGAGCAGCUCAAGGCGGCGCUCUGCAGGGAGGCCGAGCAAGCGCGGACGCAAGCCCAAGGCCAAGCGCGGACGGGGAGCAAAUAAGGUAGGUCGCGGCAGGAAAGCCAAAUCGGAGAGCGACGAUGAGAGCGACAAAUCUGAGAGUGAAAGUGACGCAGAGUCCGGGAGCGACGCAGAGGAAUCCGAUGAGCCAAAAGGCAAGCGCGGACGGCCGCCAGCGGUUGCGAAAGGACGCAAAGGAGCCGUUGCGAAGAACUCUACUGCUAAAGCGACACCUGUCAAGAGAAAAGCACCAACGCCACCUGCUAAAAAGAAGGUCACCGGGAAAGCUGUAGGACGGCCUGCUAAGAAGGGCAAGAAGGCUUCCUCUGAGGAGGAGUCGGGUGAAGGCAGUGAGGACGAGGAGGAGGAGGCAGGAAGUGAAGAGGAAGAGGAGGAAGAAAGCGGCGAAGAAUCCGACACUCCCGCCGAUAAGAAGGCCAAAAGACCACCCACGGACGAGGAGAUCAAGAAAUAUGUUAAGCAAAUACUUGAGGGAGCUAACCUUGAGCAGAUCACAAUGAAAACAGUGUGCAAGCAGGUCUACAGCCACUACCCGGAUUUUGACCUCGCGCACAAGAAGGAUUUCAUCAAGGCUACAGUCAAGUCGUGUAUU